AUGGAUAUUAUUUCACUCUUAUCGCCGCAGGACUCCCCCUCGGGCAAGUCGACUCCCGCUGCUGCUUCUACUCGUGCCGCUGCCACCGCUUCCUCUGGCUCAGCCCCCACAUUCGCCCCGACGCCUUCCCCUGUCUCCGCCGCUUCCGCCUCCGCUUCCCCUCACCACAAUUACCACAAAUCACGCCAGAAUUCUAGCAGGGCUGGCAUGACCUCGUCGCCGCUUGUUCAUCAAAUCCUCAACCACACACAACUUCGCGAUCCGUCUCCCCAGGAUCUCACCCAAGGCAACGGUACACGCACCCCUCCAUCCAGCGAGCUGCAGCCCGCCAGAAAAUCCUCUACUCCGGGAAUAGACGCCUUGGCAGAUCUCGCCUCCAUGCAACGGCCCCAGCCUCACCGCGCAAAUCCUCCGAUCAGGAGGAAUGCCAGCACUGAAAUACACGAGAGUCAGAUGUCCCCGUCCACCCUCAACCCUACCGUCAACCCCAUUCCGCGAAACCACUCCACCCCUCGACCCCAUUUCGAUGUAUCUGAGGGUCUGAAGGAGGCCAACAGACGGGACUUUUCAAACUCCUCGUUGGCCCCGAACAUGCAACAGAUGGCCUCAGAGCUAUAUGCCCAUAUCCAGCAGAACCGCCAUGCCUACGAGUCGCGCGUUAAAUUCAUUCGUCUGCUCCACCAAGGGUUUGUCGAACAUGUCUAUCCGCCUUCGUCACCAGAUUCCCGUGGGGACCCUCACACGUACGAUGUUUUACCAGACCUGCGUGCUGCGCGAGAGGAACUCGACCAUCUCUUCGCUAUCGGUGAAGAUCUGUGGGCUGAGUGGAUACAGGACGAAAGUGUGCUGGCGCGUUCGGUUGAUGAACAAGUAGGUGUGAUGGAACUGUGUCGCCGAUCAGUUGAUGAGGAGUAUGGCAGCACGAAGCUAUGGAUCAUAUACGGCGAGUGGAUGCUAUAUCUCUACAACUCCGCUUCUCAACCUGGGGACGCCCCGGUAUCUCGCCAGUGGUCUGAAGAGGAUAGAAUCGUGGCCCAGAAGACCUUUACGUGGCAGUCAGUCGUAGAUGUUUGGAUGAAUGCGGCGGAAGCUACAAACUGGAGAAUAAAUGAUAGCCAUCUGGUCUGGGAUCGCUAUUUGGAACUUGUGGUACGGGAUGUGGGCAAGCAACCGUCCCCCGACAAACUUGCCCAUGCAAGGGACUUGUUUGUCAACAGACUUCAGGUACCCCAUAUGACCUGGGACCAGACCUUCCAAUUAUUCUCUAACUUUAUCUCUACUUAUUAUAACAACCAUUACGAAGAGACUAUGGUCGACAUGACGAAUAGGGCAGCGCACGCCAAAGCCUUGUGGAAUGCUCGGGAGGUACGAGAGGUGGAGCUUCGGCGAGCUGCUGAGGCUGGAGACAGCGGUACGGAGUGGAGCUUGUUCGUUGCAUAUAUCGAGUGGGAACUGAACCAGAACCGGCGAAAGAACCAAUAUAGCUUUGACCUAAUAUGCGCGCUCUAUCAGCGUGUCGUCCUGCGCUUCCCCACAGACGUUGGGUUUUGGGAAGAUUAUAUCAUGUUCAUUGUAGAGGCGUCCAUGAAUGGAGGUCCACAUAGCCACUACAUUCCUGCCCUUCCUUCCCUGGAGCGCGCCACUCGACAUUGUCCAUGGUCCGGAACUCUCUGGUCACAACGUAUCCUCAGCGCCGAACGCGCCGGGCGCUCGUUUACUCAGAUCGCUGACAUCAAGCACAAAGCGACGCGGACUGGCCUGUUGGACACUGGAGGUAUUAACGAGGUGAUCAAGGUCCACACCACAUGGUGCAGCUACUUGCGUCGACGAGCCUUCCAACCCGACUCGACAGACGAAGAUCUAGAUGUUGCCGAAGUAGGAAUCCGCUCUGCGAUAGAAAGCAUCCAGGAACUAGGCGAGAAGGACAACAAAGCGGUCCCCAACGACCCACUCUUCCGUCUCGAGCGAAUUUACAUCCGGUACCUAAGCGAAAGCGGAAGCUGGGACAGCGCCCGUGAAACCUUCAAGGGGUUAGUUGCAAGGCACGGGCACAGCUACGAGUUCUGGAUGAUGUACUACACAUGGGAACUUCUCUGCUGGAGCAAAUUCACGCAGUCGGACGAUAGCGCCAGCGCAUCGCGGAGAACACCGAAUCCCAGCCUCGCUACAGCAGUGCUGAAACAAGCUCUCCAACGAACGGAUCUGGACUGGCCUGAAAAGAUCAUGUCGACGUACAUUGAUCACUGCGAGCAUUACGAGGAUGCAGACGAGCUCCAGAUAGCUGUUGUUGGGUUUAGGAAGGCAAUGAAAGCAUUGACGAAAAGGCGAGAGGAGGAAGCGCUGCAGGCUGCGGCUCAUCAAUCCGCAGCAGCAGCAGCAACAACAAGCACUGGUCUUUCAGCUGAUGUGCCGGCAAUGUCAGCGAUGGGGACCGGACUCGAAGUCGAGAAUGAGACGACACCACAGGGAAGCAAACGGAAGCGCAUAGUCGAGGAAGUGGAUGUGAAUGGGUCAGCGAGCAAAAAGGCUAAAGCGGAUGAUGACGGCACUCCUCCCAAAAGGGAUCGGGAGAAUGCCACUGUCAUUGUGGAGAAUUUACCGUCGGGAGUUACAGAGACCAGAGUCAGGCAGUUCUUUAGAGAUUACGGCGAAGUCGUCGAUAUCCGAUUCCCAUCCCUUAAAUACAACACGCACAGACGCUUUUGCUACGUCCAAUUCCAAACGGCCAUUGCUGCUCAUGCAGCGACAGAAUUAAACGGAACCCAACAAGAAGUCGUUGGGGAUUUAGCAGGCUCAGCGGACUCCAUGAAACUUCCUCUCGUCGUCAAGAUAUCGGACCCUACGAAGCGGCAGGAGAGGACGGGGCCGACGGAAGAGGGUCGCGAAAUCCACGUUUCGAAUCUGGACUGGAAGGCGACGGAGGAUGACUUGGUGGAAUUAUUCGCGGCAUAUGGACAGGUUGAAGCGGCGCGGAUUCCGAGGAAGGCUAAUGGGGCGAGUAAGGGUUUUGGGUUUGUUGUUUUUCAGACGAAGGAAUCCGCUGAAGCCUCCCUCGCUAUGAAUGAGCAACUGUUCCGCUCCCGCCCACUGCAUGUCCACAUUUCCACCCCUACUGUCGCUAAACGCCAAGCAGCUACAAUAAUAUCCCGCGUCGGCGCCGGGGGCCGCUCCAAGUCUCCUUCCAUGGAACCCAACGGCGCAUCGCCUUCCUCCUCAGCACCGCAUGCAUCCGAUCAAACUGACAGUAAUCCCAGCGACAAACACCUCCGCACCCUCGCCCUGAUGAAUAUCCCAGAUACUGUCAAUGACACGCGCAUCAGCGCCAUCGUCUCCCCGUACGGCGCGCUUGUGAAACUAAUCCUCCGCCCAGACCACCAAGGUGCUAUUGUGGAGUUUCUUGACGUUAACGACGCAGGUCGCGCAUCACUAGGCUUGGACGGGUAUGAAAUCGCGCCCGGUCGACGUAUACGCGUAGGGAGCGUGGGAGAGAUGUUGAAGAUGCCGGCGGAGAGGAGGGUCGACAGGAUUCUUGUGGGCAAGGAGCGGGAGCAGGAGAAGAGGAUGAAGGAAAAGGAAAUGGAAAGUGACGCUCUUUCUGUUUCUGCUCCUGGGGCAGCGGGGAAGAGCAAGAUGGUUGUGAUGAAGCAGUCUGCUGCUCCUAUUCGACGACCUGCGCAGCCUGGAGGUGGAGUGCGGUCGGGUCGGAGAGGUGGGUUGGGUGUGAAGAGGGGUGGUGCUUCUGCUGCUGCUGGUGUUGGUUCAGGCCAACAGCAUGCGCCCGCACAAGCAUCGCCAUUGACAGCAGUAAUUGCGCCGGCGAAGAAAAACAAUGAUGAUUUCCGGGCCAUGUUGGAGUCGUCCAAGUCGCGGAGCCAGGGACAGGAUGGAGGGCAGGCGCAAGGGCAAGAUGGACGGGAACCACAACAAUAA